UAACAGCAGUGUGUUUCCGGACAGGUCGGCGUCAUGUCCAUCUCUCAGAUCACCCCCACUCUCUUCCUGGGCAGCGCUGACGCCCCCCUCAACGCAGCACUGAUGUCACAGAAAAGCAUCACCCUGAUCGUUAACGCCACACUGAGCCACACCUGCCCCGCCUACCCUGGGGUGGAGUGUGUACGGGUUCCUGUCUCUGACUUACCCAGCGCUCGCCUUGGUGAUCACUUUGACCGGGUGGCAGAGCGUAUCCAUGGCAACCGAGCUGGCGGAACACUGGUGCACUGUGCCGCCGGUAUGAGCCGUUCUCCGGCGCUGGUGAUGGCCUACCUGAUGCGCUACAGGGGGGUGACGCUCCGCCAGGCACAUCGCUGGGUGCAGGAGAGUCGGCCCUGCGUCAGGUUGAACACUGGAUUCUGGGACCAGCUCCUGCAGUACGAGAAGCGUCUCUACGGGAAAAACACCGUCAAAGUCGCAACAGUAGAGGAGAUGUCACCCCCACCUCCCCCCCUGACGCCGAGGACACAGAGGGUGACGAAGUCAACGCAGCUGCAGAGGAACUGGUUCAUGCUGGUACCCAGGUCACUGAUAGCAGGGUCACCUGUGAUGUCACAAGGUCUGACACCAGGAAACAAGUCAAGAAGAGGAACCAAGUCCAGCAACGUCUGAGCUGUGAGCGCCACAGCAUCUGAAACAUCUUCGAACCAACACUUGUGGUUUUCUUUGGUCCAAACCUGAUCAUUACUUACCCACAAUGCAUCUCCUCCACUGACAGGCUAGGAAGCUGCUGGUGUUCAUGAGAAGAGUUCAUUGAACGCUGUGUGUGUGUGUGUGUGUGUGUGUGUGUGUGUGUGUGUGUGUGUGUGUGUGUGUGUGUGUGUGUGUGUGUGUGUGUGUGUGUGGAAUGCAUGUCAAUGAGUGUCCUCACAACUAUAUAGAAACGCCUGUCUGUCUGUCCGACCGGAAGCUGCCUCAGGUCCGCUCGUGCUUCAUGUGUGAAGUAUUUAAACACAAAACUGCCAGUGAUGCAAGUAGUUUUCAGAGUAAAAGCAGAGUGAAAUAAUGUAUAAAUAAUC